AUGGGUAAUAAAAGGAAAGCUCAAAAUAUUUCUAAGAGCGAUGAAGUUGUACUUAAGAAAAAAAAAGAUAAAAAAAUAAAAGAUUUAAACACAAAGGAUCUUGAAAACAAUACAAAUGUGGAUGUCAAUAACGCUGGCGAACAGUCUGUUGGUGAUGUUAAAACAAGUAGCAGCAGCAGAAAACCUAAAAAGAUAAUAUUUGUAGAAGAUGAACCGCAAGAAGUUCCAGUAACGCCUUCAAUUACAGUUACAGAAAAUGUAAAAACGCAUAAAAAAAGAAAAGAGCAGACCACUGAUAUUUUAACAGAAGAGGACGUGAAAGAUGAAGAUAUAGAUAAGUUUUGCGAUGAAUUGACUGAAGAAGACAAUAAGCAGUACGAAAAUUGGAUACAAUUAAUAGAAGCUAAUUUAAACUCAAAUAAAAAGAAACCAAAGCACUGGGUACUCCAACAAGAUUCGGCGCCAGCUUAUAGAGCGAAGAGCACACAAGACUGGCUGGCGGCGCGUGAAAUCGACUUCAUGCGGCACGAAGACUGUCCCUUCUCCAGUCCAGAUUUGAAUCCGUUAGAUUACAAGAUAUGGCAACACUUGGAAGAAAAGGCAUGCUCAAAGCCUCAUCCCAAUUUGGAGUCACUCAAGAUAUCCUUGAUUAAGGCAGCCACCGAUAUUGACAUGGACCUCGUUCGUACUGCGAUAGACGACUGGCCGCGCUGA